GACUCCGAGCCACCCAAAUCACACUACACCUUCUCGGCCACACGACUCGCUUACAUCUCGGUACCAACAACCGCCGUUGCAUCAAAACCCAUAAGGCCCAUCCGAAGAGCUUCACUUCCUUGCCAUCAACCAUGCUCCGUCAUCCGCGUGUCCUAUCCAAGGCCAUCAAGCUCACUCACUAUGGUCAAUCACGCACAUUUCUGACAUCCACCCAGUUGCAAAGCCCGUAUGACUUAUCAAUCCCCAACUUGAGAAUUCAUAAGGAUACCAAGGUUAUCUGUCAAGGGUUUACUGGAAAAACUGCUACGUUCCAUUGUAAGGAAGGACUAGCUUACGGCACCAAGUUUGUUGGUGGUGUAUCUCCCAAAAAGGCUGGUCAACAACACCUUGGGCUUCCUGUUUUUGGUAGUGUGACGCAGGCCGUAAAAGAAACCAAACCCGAUGCUACAGUAAUUUACGUCCCUCCACCAUUUGCAGCGGAUGCUGUGAUCGAGGCUGUAGAAAAUGAGAUCGGAUUGAUCGUUUGUAUCACCGAGGGAAUCCCUCAACAGGAUGAAGUCAGAAUUGCUCAAGUGCUCAAGAGCCAAAGCAAAUCACGCUUGGUCGGUCCCAACUGUCCUGGAAUCAUGUCUCCUGAUGUCGGCGGUGGAUGCAAGAUCGGAAUCAUGCCUUCGAAUAUCUUCUCACCUGGGUGCAUAGGUGUUGUAUCUCGGUCCGGAACACUGACAUACGAAGCAGUGGACCAAACAACCAAAGUCGGACUAGGCCAAACACUAUGUGUGGGCAUUGGUGGUGACCCUUUCCCUGGAACUCAGCACAUUGAUGUUCUCAAGGCGUUCAUGGAAGACGAUGCAACCAAAGGGAUCGUACUCAUCGGAGAGAUCGGGGGAUCGAUGGAAGAAGAAGCAGCAGAAUACUUGAAACAGUUCAACAAGUCCCGCUCCGUCCCCAAACCUGUCGUUAGUUUCAUCGCUGGCCGGACCGCACCCCCAGGCCGCCGAAUGGGCCAUGCCGGCGCAAUUAUCAGUGGCGGAAAGGGAAAAGCUGAAGACAAAGUUAAAGCCCUAGAAGAAGCUGGGGCCGUCGUCAGUGAUUCCCCCGCCAAAUUAGGUGAUCUUAUGCUAAAAGCAAUGAAACAAUCGGGGCUCGCUUAAAGAGGCUGUGAAUGAUUUACUUGUAGAAUAUUCUUACGAUUUUUCCGUAGUAUUUUUGUGUGACUUCUCUGUUUGAAGAUAGAAAGAAAAGGAAAGAAUUUGAAUCGCAUGG